CGCAUCUUCUCUGUUUCCCCUCUGCAAAAUCUGUUUGGCAGCCCAGAAAAUUUCUCUGUUUUUUUCUUCUUUUUUUUUUUUGCUUAAAUUCAAGAACAAUGGAAGUUCCUGUGCUGAACAUGAUUACUGGAUUCGGAAGAGAACUGGGUUCGAUUCCAGAUCCCAAUUUUCUCUCUCGAAUUUUCACUUCCUUUUCCAUAUUUCAACAGUUUUGGAAAUGGGGUGCACUGUUUAUUGCUCUGUUGGCCACAUUUAGCGGCAUAAUCAAUCGACUCAAGACCUCUGUUAUCGUCAUUCGCCGGAGAACUCGAACCACUCCCAUUUCGGAACCUCUCUCCUCAUCUCUCCACGGCGGAGAGAACGGUAGUUUAAUUUCAAAGAAUUUCAGAUCUCUGCCUCGUUCAAGCUCGGAAUCGGAAGAUGAGAACGAGGGAGACCAGGACCGGGAGCCGGACGAUAGGUUGGAUUUUCUUGUCAAAGGGUCGGUUCGAUUUUCCGGUGAAUUUGACGACCGCCGUUUUUCUGGUCUCCGGCGGCGACACGGAAGCAGAGGAGGCAAUGGAGAUUCUUUCUCGUGGCCCUGUUUUGUGUCGGACAAGAGCGUGGUGAAGCAAUGGGGCGAUGUGAAAUUGAAAUGCGAGUUUGAGGAGUUGAGUGGGAGUGUAAUUUUGGUGUACGAUGAGAAUGAAGAGGCGGAGAUCUGCUCCAUUUUCAGCGGGGGAGAUCCGCUGAAAUCGGCGGCGAAAAUGGUUGUGGCUGCCAGAGAGAGUGGUUUGGGGAACAUGUCUCUGAAGAUUUGGGACACGCGCGACCGGGGUCAGACACCGGUGAUUGCGGCGGAGUGGAAUUCUCCAAAGAUCGUCGACGUCUAUUCCGAGGAGGUUGAAAAGGUCGAUAUUGGAGAUAAGGGGGCCGCCGGAAUGAUGGUUGGCGAUGUUAGAAAAUUUUGGUCGGCGUCGGAGAAGUGGCGGAAGGGCGGCGGUGAGGGCUGGUGGGAAUCGGCAGCGACGCCAUUUAUUGUCUUAUGAUGGAAAUUGUGUGUUGGGGCGGUGAAUGAGUGAGAGUGGCUCCAUUAGCACCCUUGUAAAUAUUGCAUUUCUCUGUGUUUCACCAAUAAAAUUUUGAUUUUAAUUUUUAA